AUGGGCGAACAAUUAAGAUGGGACGGCCAGACCGUCGUGGUUACCGGAGCCGGAGGUGGUCUCGGACGAGCAUACUCUCUCUUCUACGCCAGCAGAGGAGCAAAUGUCGUCGUCAAUGACCUCGGAGGCAGCUUCAAGGGCGAGGGUGGCAGCCAGUCCGUAAGUCGAGCGGAGACUCGAAACGAUGGAUGCCAGCACCACGAGACUGACCUUGAAUGUGAUUUCUAUAGGCCGCGCAGAAGGUCGUCGACGAGAUCAAGAGCAAGGGCGGAAACGCUGUUGCCAAUUACGAUAGCGUUGAGGACGGAGACAAGAUCGUCCAGACUGCGAUUGACAACUACGGCCGCAUCGAUGUCCUGAUAAACAACGCUGGUAUCCUCCGGGAUAUCAGUUUCAAGAACAUGAAGGAUGAGGACUGGGAUCUGAUCAUGAAGGUGCACGUUAUCGGAGCAUACAAGUGCGCAAAGGCUGCGUGGCCAUAUUUCCGCAAGCAAAAGUAUGGACGAUUGAUCAGCACUGCGUCUGCAGCCGGUCUGUUUGGAAGCUUUGGACAAUGCAACUACUCGGCAGCCAAGCUGUCCCAGGUUGGAUUCACAGAGGCCCUGGCAAAGGAGGGUGUCAAGUACAACAUUCUUUGCAACGUUAUCGCGCCUAUUGCUGCUUCGCGAAUGACCGCGACUGUCAUGCCAAAGGAGGUUUUGGACAACCUGAAGCCUGAAUGGAUCGUGCCUCUUGUGGCCGUUCUUACUCACUCCUCCAACACGGACGAGACUGGUGGUAUCUUCGAGCUUGGCGGUGGUCACAUUGCAAAGUAUAGGUGGGAGCGAUCAAAGGGUGCUCUCCUCCGAGCAGACGACAGCUUCACACCUGGAGCUCUCCUGCAAAAGUGGAAGGAUAUCGAAGACUUCUCACAGCCGCAGUAUCCAACUGGACCAAAUGACUUCAUGGCUCUUCUCGAGGAUGCUCAGAAACUUCCAGCGAAUCCAAAAGCACAAGAGCUUGAUUUCAAGGGCAAGGUCGCGGUGGUCACCGGUGGUGGAGCUGGUCUUGGUCGAAGCUACUGCCUGACCCUCUCCAAGUACGGUGCAUCCGUGGUGGUAAACGAUCUUGCAGACCCGGAGCCGGUCGUUCAGGAAAUUCAGAAGCUUGGUGGUAAGGCAGCCGGUGUUCGCUGCAGUGCUGAGGAUGGCGACAAGGUCAUCAAGGCCGCCAUCGACAACUUUGGCCGAGUCGACAUUCUCAUUAACAACGCCGGAAUCCUUCGUGACAAGUCCUUCCACAAUAUGGAUGACAAGAUGUUCAUGCAGGUUCUGGACGUCCAUCUCCGUGGUACUUACAAGACCACUAAGGCUGCAUGGCCCUACUUCCUGAAGCAGAAGUACGGUCGUGUCAUCAACACCACCUCGACUUCUGGAAUCUGUGAGUCUCACAAAUAAUAGUCUGAAGCUUGUAACUGACUCUGUUUUACAGACGGAAACUUUGGUCAAGCGAACUACGCUGCUGCCAAGUGCGGUAUUCUUGGGUUCUCCCGCGCCCUCGCUCGUGAAGGCAAGAAGUACAAUAUCUUCGUCAACACCGUUGCACCAAACGCGGGCACCAACAUGACUCGCACAAUCAUGCCCGAGGAGAUGGUCCAGGCUUUCAAGCCAGACUACGUUGUCCCACUUGUCCUAAUCAUGGCUUCGGACAAGAUGCCAGCUGAGCCAACCGGUCGUGUCUUCGAGAGCGGCUCUGGUUGGGCUGGUGAGACAAGAUGGCAGAGAGCUGGCGGCGCUCAAUUUCCGGUCGAUCGCGAAUUGACUCCAGAGCAAGUCAAGGCUGCUUGGGACAAGGUUGUCAAUUUCGAGGAUGGUCGCGCCGACAACCCGCACGAUGUUUCCUUCGCAAACGACAAGAUCAUGGGCAACUUCAGCAACCGUGCCAGCGGCUCUGAUGACAGCUCAUCCGAUGAUGACUACGUAUCGAAGAUCGAAUCCGCGAAGAAGGCCAAGGCCGAAGGGACCGAGUUCAAGUACGAGGAGCGCGAUGUCAUCCUCUACAACUUAGGUAUUGGUGCCAAGCGCAGCGAUCUUCCCUUCGUCUUUGAAGGCCACGACGACUUCCAAGCCAUCCCAACAUUUGGUGUCAUCCCACCUUUCAACGCCGAGGCUCCUUACUCCUUGUCCGACAUUGUGCCCAACUUCUCGCCCAACAUGGUCCUGCAUGGCGAGCAGUACCUCGAAAUCCGCUCUUUCCCUAUUCCCACGGAGGCCACUCUUGUCGCCUACCCCAACCUUGUCGAGGUCCAGGAUAAGGGCAAGUCUGCCGUCGUUGUCCAGGGUAGCAUCACCAAGGACAAGAACUCUGGAAAGGAGAUCUUCUACAACGAAUCAACUGCCUUUGUGCGAGGAUCUGGCGGUUUCGGCGGUUCCAAGAACGGCAAGGACCGUGGUGCCGCCAGCAGAGUCCACAACCCACCUAAACGCUCCCCCGACGCCGUCGUGGAGGAGAAGACAAGCGAAGAACUCGCCGCCAUCUACCGACUUUCCGGUGACAGGAAUCCUCUCCACGUUGACCCUGAUUUUGCCAAGGUUGGAGGUUUCGAUGUCCCCAUCUUGCACGGUCUCUGCUCGUUCGGUAUUGCCGGCAAGGCUAUCCUGAAGAAGUAUGGACAAUUCAAGAACAUCAAAGUGCGGUUUGCGGGUGUUGUUCUUCCGGGACAGACUCUUGUUACCGAGAUGUGGAAGGAAGGUAAUCUCGUCAUUUUCCAAGUGAAGGUGAAGGAGACUGGCAAGCCGGCUAUCUCUGGCGCCGGUGCGGAAUUGGUUGAGGGAGCGAAGUCGAAGCUUUAG